UAUAGAAUUUAUACCCGACAGUGAGGUUUUGACAGUAAGUUCUAGUUAUAUGUCACGGACAGGAUGGGGUGGAGGAUCAGAUAAAAGCUCGGAGUGCUUCUGCAGCUUCCUUCACUGAUAUGAGAAUCGGUAAUCACGUUCACCGCUCGUCUGCACGGCCGCAGGGCUUCGGACGCCGUGAUCCUUCCUUUCACAGAGCCGCAAGAGCUGUGAUCAGAAUUCCAGUUCCAGGACCUCUGUGUAUGAAAUGUGUUUGCGGGUUUCCUCCGGGCGCUCCGGUUUUCUCCCACACGUCCAAAGACGUGCAGUCAGGCUAUUUGGAGAUACAGCUGUAAAACACACGCUGUUCACCAGAGCUGAGAUCUCGAAUACAUCGUGGCUACAUGAACAACGAUUGGCCUGUUGUUCAGAUAGGGGCGGGAUUAAGCCGGAUGGGGACUCUCUCUCUCUCUCUCUCUCAGACUAGUGCGAUUACGACCUCUGCUGGCCGGUCGGUGGCGCCUGCACGGAGAUGGGGAAGGAGUGCGGUAGAGGGUGUGGCCCUCCGUACACAGCGCUGUACUGCACUCAUCAAGUGUAGGUGAUAAGAUGUUCGAUCGCUGUGCACGUGUCGGAGGGAGCGUGGAGCAGCGUUCUCGUUCUCCCCAAUCAGGAGCAGGGACCAGCAUUAGUGAGGGGAUGAUUGACAGCGGGCGGUACCGUGUUUCCCAACUCCCCUUCACGGAAUCACCAUGCCAUCUUUGAGGCAGCCGGUCCCAGCCAUGUUGCUAUCAGUGCCAUCUCGGCCAACAUGGACUCGUUCGCCCGCGGGCGCACCGCCAUCCUCAAGAAGCAGCCCAGCCACAUGGAGGCAGCCCACUUCGGAGACCUGGGGUGCUCGAGCGUAAACUACCAGGCGCAGGAGACGCGCUCGCGUCUCUCCAAGACCGUAGACCAGGUGCUGCGCGACUCGGUGGCGCUGCCCUACUACCUGCACUUCUUGGAGUCGCGUUUAGCCGAACAUCUGGCUCGCUUCUGGCUGGAGGCGGAAAGCUUCCGCUCCACCAGCUGGUCCCGCGUGCGCGCCCACAGCCUCAACUCGGUGAAGCACAGCUCCCUGGCCGAGGCCGCCUCCGCUCCGGGCGGUCCCACGUCUCCGGGCUCGUCGGGGUCGCCCGGCGCCAACCCGAGGGAGGACGAGGAAGAGGGGGAUGGGGAAGCAUUUAGUUCUCAGACUCCCUCCAGCCCAGGGGACAGUAAUUCUCAUUGUGGGGACGGUGCAAGGCAGGCGGACUCCGUCGAUCACGAGGUGGGGCUGAGGUUAAGCCGACUCCCUUCGACUUCGUCCACCUCUUCCAGGACGGGAACUCCGGUCAAGGGUCAGACUGCCGGUGCGCUCCGGGAGCUGUCUGACAAGCUGAUGAAGAGUAUAGAGAAGGACGCCGUCAACAUUUUCACCAAGUACGUGUCUCCGGAUGCAGUCAGGCCCAUUCCCAUCACCGAGCAGAUGCGCAACGACAUAGUUGCUAAAAUCUGCGGUGAGGAUGGACAGGUGGACCCGAACUGUUUCCUUACAGCGCAGUCAGUAGUGUUCACAAUCAUGGAUCAACAGCACUUUAGCGAGUUCUUGCGGAGCCAUUACUUCUGCAAGUACCAAAUCGAGGUGCUGACCAGCGGUUCUGUAUUCUUGGCGGAUAUCUUGUUCUGCGAGUCAGCCCUGUUCUACUUCUCCGAGUACAUGGAAAAAGAGGAGGCUGUGAACGUACUGCAGUUCUGGCUGGCCGCGGAUAACUUCCAGGAUCAGCUGGCUGCUAAGAAGGGACAGUAUGACGGGCAGGAGGCGCAGAACGACGCCAUGAUCCUUUAUGACAAGUAUUUUUCACUCCAGGCCACAAAUCCACUGGGUUUUGGUGACACGGUUCGAAUGGAGAUCGAGUCGAACAUCUGUCGGGAAGGAGGCCCGCUACCUGACUGCUUUACCACUCCACUGCGCCAGGCUUGGACGACAAUGGAAAAGGUCUACCUGCCAGGCUUUCUGUCCAGCAACCUGUACUAUCAAUACUUGACUGACCUCAUAAACUCCGUACAGGCGGACGAGUUCUGCUUGGGAAACUCCGGCAUUUCGGGCCAGACAAACCAGGACGGCGACCGCAGCUCCAAUGCGUCAGAAGGGUCGCAAGCCCAGGGUAACAAAAAAGUGGCUGUGAAAAUCCUGAAGAACUUUGAUGAGGCAAUAACAGUGGACAUCGCCAGUCUGGAUCCAGAGUCUCUGUAUCAGAGACCAUAUGCUGGAAGAAUGACUUUUGGGAAGGUCAACGAGCUGGGCCAGUUCAUCCGAGAAGCUGAGCCGGAACCGGAUGUAAAAAAAUCCAAGGGUUCCAUGUUUUCUCAAGCAAUGAAGAAAUGGGUGCAGGGGAACACAGACGAGGCUCAGGAGGAAAUGGCCUGGAAGAUCGCUAAAAUGAUAGUCAACGACGUCAUGCAGCAAGGACAGCACGGAGGCCCUGUAGUAAAGUCCAGUCAGCUCUGAUCUUGUCCUCCACUGAAGAGGAAAGCCUAGCUCCGCCUUCAACAUCAAGUCAAACACCACGUGACCCAGAGACCAGCCUGCACGCCGCAUUUCCCAACCGGAGAGACGUAACAAGGCUAAAACAAGCCUUUCCUGCAUCUUCUUGACCUCCUUACCCCCAGGCGGGUGAAUGUGUGUGUGUGUGUGUGUGUGUGUGUGUGUGUGUGUGUGUGUGUGUGUGACAGAGACACAGAAAGUGCUCUGUAUGACCACUAUAAUCGAACAGGGCCUCACGUUCAAAGCACUGACAUUUCAAGCAUUAUGAAGGCGACGAGGAGGCUGAAUAAAACCCGAGCAAACCUGAGACGAGAUCAGUAGAGGUGGGGCACUCUAUGAAGACGCUGCUGUUACCAAAAAGAGGCACACCUGAACCUGAAGUCUGAUGGGCAUAAGAAGUCAUUGUAGAGACCUGGUCACUCCAGUUCCACACUGUUUCGUUUUGUUUUUAUCUUCCUCUCACUUUCUUCUUCCUUGUAUAUGAGAGAAGUGAGGAUGCCCAUGUGUUUUUCUGUUCGUUGUUUUUUUAUAGCUCAUAGAUUUACCCAUAGUUGACAUGUACUGUACAAUUUUAUUUGCAAGCGUGCGCUUUCCGCCGUGCCGCUAAAUCAGUCUGACGAUACCGACUCCGACGGCACUGAUGGAUUAGGCUCCAGGUUGAAUCCCCUCUCUAUAGACUAGUCAGAAUGUUAUUCCUCCCUCGUCUACAACCACGUAGAUUUCUGGUUUCUAUUAAUGUAACGUUUUAUGGUGAUCGUCUUGUCUGUUUGUUUGAUUUUCUUUUUUGUACGAGAUCAAAUCUGUGUCGACUCUUCCUGUGCGAACAAGCUAGCAGCGAUACCGCUUUGGACCUCACGAGGACACGGACACUGAUACGGACAAGAACCAGAAACGAACAGACUUUUGGUACUAUGUACCAUUUAUAUGUUUUCUGACUGUAUGUAUGUGUACUUAAUCUAUAAUAUAUUUAAAUUGUGUUUGAUUGAAAUACAUAUAUUAUUGAAAUGAAA